AUGAAGCUGCUCAACACCAUCGCAGGCCUCUCCGGCGUCGUCGGCGCCGCGCAGACGCCACUGUCUAUACUGGACAACUCUGCCGACUCGUACAGGAUCCCGAGCAGCUACGAGUCGGCCGUCAUGGGCCGACGCGUCCUGGCCCUGACCAAGCUCGGAACACUGUCGACCGUCUUCCAGCAGACGUCUACGCAUGAAAUCCGCCCCGGCGGCAUGGAGGGCCAGCCCAUCGGCCUGAUGGACUACGUCGCCGACUGCGAGGACGAGGGCAACCCGACCAUCCUCGCCAUCAAGAUCGGCACCAGCUUCAAGAACGUCCGCGCAGGCUCAAACAUCACCCUGUCCAUGAGGUGGACGCCUCCCUACCCGCCGGCCAAGCGCCUGUCCCUCCUGUCUCGCCUGGCGGCCUGGGUGCCCUUUCUCCCGCGGCACUGCCCACACGAUUCUGAGCGGGAGCACACGGAGCUCCCCGACACGGUGCCCUACUCGGCGGCCAACCUGCCGCGAUUCUCUCUCUUUGGCUACCUGGAGGAGAUUAAGACAGACGGCAACAAGGCCCAUGAGCUGGCUUCUUGCUACACGGCCAAGCACCGGGAUGCCAAGUACUGGCUCCCGGGGAACCCCAUUCACACGAGCGAGUGGAUGAGGCUGAUAGUGACGCACGUGUACUGGAUUGGAGGAUUCGGCGACAGAGCCUACAUUGGCUGGAUUCCCGUAGAGGAAUGGAAACGGGUGACCAAGGAGGACUGGCAGGCGAUUGAGCUUCCCGGCGAGAAGAAGGAUUGGGAUGAGUGGCAUACUAAUCAGUCUGAAGAGCUUUAG